AUGGCUUUUGCCGGGGAUACUGGUUGUGUAAGCAGCAGGUCAGUGUUGAUUCCAAUGGGGAGUGCUGACCGCUCUCCCCAACUUCACCCCGUUCCAGGACUCCUCAAGUAUGAUACAGGAUUGACUGCGGAUUGGUCCUUUGAAGAGCAGUCACUUUUGGAGGAAGGCCUUGUCAAGUACGUAGUCCUAGAUUGCUCUCAUAUUUCAUCACUCCUGGAAGCUCUUUUGAUUACCAAUUGCUUAAAACAAUCAAAAUCUUUGCCAAUAUCUCGAGUUAAUCUGGUAGAAGCAUUCAACGUCAGACUAGCUUAACCACUCGUGUAGGGUAUACUCUGAGAUGCUGCUAUGUUAGAAACUCUUCCAAGGAUUUCGGUUCUGCACAGAAUUGGGGAUGUUUCGCUCCAGUUGGUUUGGCAGAUUGCUGGCUGUUUUUGAUGGAUUUCUGCAUCUUGCUCAUAAGCGUUUUGUUGCAUUGUUGUGAGAAGAGUUAAUCUGUACUAAUUUCUCCUACGUUUUUUUCCAGCACAAAUGAUUUAACUUGUCUGAGAGUUGAGAGUUUCAGGUAUGGCCAUGAACCUAACAUCAUGAAGUACAUCAAGAUAGCAGCAGGGUUGCAGGGUAAAACCGUGAGGGACGUCGCUUUAAGAUGCCAGUGGAUGGCUGUGAGUCUCUUUACUUGUUUUCAGCUACCUCUAAAUAUCGUCUCCAUCUCCCCUUUCAGAACAUAUAUGAACACUGUUGAGUGGCUUCUAUGAUUCUCUCGCGUUCGUCGCAUGCUACCCAGAAGAGCUCCUUGAUCUGAUGUUUCUGGCGAGAAAUUUGCAGAAAAAUAGAGCAUUUGGCGUCUUUCUCUGAGUAAUUAAAGCAAAAAAAGAGGAGAUAACACAAGAAAUAACUCUUUCUCUGCCAUCAUCUGCCGCUUUUUCUUAGAAACGCGGAUUUGGUUAAUGAGAUUUGUUCUCUGCAGAGGAAGGAGAAUGGGAAACGAUGCAAGCAGGAAAAAAUCUACACUUGGAGGAAGAUGAAAGACAAGAAGGUGACUUUCUCGUCGUUUCCUUUUUCUUUCUUUUUUUUUUUUUUUUUUGGUGCCUCCCAUCCAUUUAUGAUUACUUUGAAAUAUUCGUAGAUUCUUAUUUGGAAAUGGGGACCCAGCUUCUGCGCAGACUUGUUGCAUAUAAUAAAAAAUAGCGAAUAUGCCUUUAAAAAAAUUGUGGAUAUUAAUCAUGCCCUUCUCUUCAGGACAAGCAAGUAGAUUACUCCUCAGGAGUCAACUCAUUUUCAAGUCAACUACCUUCUGUGGCCUCGACUUCCUUAAUAAUGUAUGGUCCCGACAGCGGCGGCGGCAUGCCACAUAAUGGUCAGCGGGCUUUCUUUAUCUUCAGAUUUUAUUUUUUUUCGUGAAAGAAAGAGUUUAUGUGGCUUUCUAUUUUGAGAAAUAGCUAUUUUCCCUUUUUUCAACGUGGGGUUCAUCCGGCUGUGCCCCCUCUUACGUGGCAUUUUCUUUGGGUUUCAGAUCCAAUAGUCGGCGAUGCCGCACAGUAUCUCUUGGAGGAGAAUGCUAGAAUUUUGGACCGGAUCACGCAUAAUCUAGACGAUUUGAAGGUAGUUCAAGUUCCUCCGACGGGAAGCUGACCCUGCGGGCUGCUCCCACCUUAUGACGUCCCUUCUGCAAAUUUUAUAGCAAUGGAAAAUUUUGAUCUGGUCCCCGCCUUUGCCCUAUAUGGUAUACCUCGAAGUAUUUCUUCUGCUUCCUGCAAUGACUGAGGGGCAUAAAUCAAACAAAAAAACCUGUUCCAUCAUCUUGUACGUCUUUAUUUUCUUUUUGUGGGGCUCAAUUUUAUUUAUUUAUUUAUUUAUUUUUUGUGUGCUUGCAGCUGCAGGACAACGUGGACCUGUUCUUCCACGCGAAGAAUAACCUCGUCUCCAUCCUCAACAGGUGCGCUUCACUGACGGCGUGCUUUCAGCAGCCGUGAGACUUUUACCUGAAACGGUCGUGUUUCUGCUGCAGGAUGAGUGAGACGCGCGCGAUGAGCCAGAUGGCGCGGUUGCCUGUCUCAAUAGACAACAAGACUUUCAGCGCUCUUCUCCUUGGUGUAGCCAUGCCCCAGGUAGUAUAUAAUAUCCCCCCGAUUUUGUACCAGCAUAUACGUACAUACGUACGCGCGUGUACAUAUAUAUACGUAAAUGUACCUAUGCCCUCUCGUAAAGGAAUUCCCAUGCCGUGGUGCCGUUGUAGGGUCUGACGUUGGACGCGGCGGAGGGGGGCCGCUCGACGCAGGAGCGCGACUUCCCGUGGGCCUCGAAACUGGGGCGAUCUUAUCCGUAG